AAGAUGUCAGUGAAAAUGACAGCAGCCCUGCUCCUGCUCCAGCUGAGUCGCUUCUUUGGAUCUGGGAGUGGUGGGAAGGUGCUGGUGUGGCCAAUGGAAUACAGCCAUUGGCUCAACUUAAAGGUAAUCCUAGAAGAACUUGUGAAGAAGGGCCAUGAAGUGACUGUUCUGAUACCCUCAGUUUCCUUUACUUAUAAGGUUGACGAAGCAUCUGCUAUUGAGUUUGAGAUAUACCCUUCAUCCUUUCCCAAGGCUGAUUUGGAGGAACUUUAUAUCGAAUUAUUCAGGAAAUGCAUUUAUGAGCUGCCAAAGCAAUCAUUUUGGAGAUACUUUUUAAUGUUGCAAGAAUUGGUUUGGAAAUAUUCAGAUUAUUUUGAAAGUCUCUGCAAAGAUGUAGUUUUUAACAAGGAACUCAUGACAAAACUACACAAUUCAAGCUUUGAUGUUAUUGUAGCAGAUCCUUUCAUACCCUGCAGUGACCUGCUGGCUGAGAUUCUCAAGAUACCACUUGUGUACAGUCUCUGCUUCUUUCCUGGAUCCACAUAUGAAAAGUACAGUGGAGGACUCCCACUGCCUCCUUCCUAUGUGCCUCCUGCUAUGUCAGAAUUGAGUGAUCAAAUGACAAUCAUGGAGAGGGUGCAAAAUGUAAUCUAUGUGCUUUGUUUUGACUUUUGCUUCCAAAAUUUUAAUGAGAAGAGGUGGAAUCAGCUUUACAGUGAAGUAUUAGGAAGACCCACAACACUCACUGAGAUGAUGGGGAAGGCAGAUAUAUGGCUCAUUCGAACCUACUGGGAUUUGGAAUUUCCUCACCCUCUCUUACCAAAUUUUGAUUAUGUUGGAGGACUCCACUGCAGACCUGCCAAGCCUCUGCCUAAGGGAACUGGGAUCGAGACUCAGCUGCAGGCAGGGUGGAUCCCUAUUUUCCCAGGUCCCCGCCCAGAGCCUGUUAAACUCCCACGAGGUCCUGCAAGAAGUCUCCGCCCAUGCUUCUGCCUGCCCAGCGCCCAGGACUCUCUGUUGCACCGAACUUUCGUCCUCACGCCAAGGACAGCUUCGUGUUGCACCGGUGUCCCUAUCUUCGCGGCCCACUCAGGAGCAACUCUGCCAUCUUACUUCCGGGGUUCCCACUGCAGGGCUCCCGGACAGCACAGGUCAGGGUAA